AGGUUGUUCAGCUGGACGGUGGGAUAUGCACAUUUGCGCAGGCAGUCAGUCAGGGAGCCACCAGCGUCAAAGACCUCUCUAACUACACCAUCUUUACACCGUCAUGUCAAACUUGAAACAGGGCGAGUUUGUCGGGUCUCUUGAUUGCGGCACAACUUCCGUGCGGUUCAUCGUCUUUGAUCAGUACGCAAAUAUCGUUUCCCAGCAUCAAUCAGAGUUCCCGCAGUAUUACCCGAACCCAGGGUGGCAUGAGCACGACCCUGAAGAAAUACAACAAAUCUCUGAGGAGUGCAUCACUCAUGCUUGUGCGAAACUGGAGGAAGCAGGAUGGGCCAAGGAGAGCGUGAAAGUGAUCGGCAUUACGAACCAGCGUGAAACUACUGUCGCGUGGAGUAGGACUACAGGUAAACCUUUGUGCAAGGCUAUCGUUUGGACCGAUUCUCGUACGAAGAAUACUGUCGCUCACUUUGAGCACCUAUUGGCUACGACUGGACUCGAGGUGGAGCCUGGGCAAUUUAAGAGCGGAGAAGAGGGUGUUGAAGCUCUGCGUGACAUUACGGGCCUGAAGCUCUCGACGUACUUCUCUGGAAUCAAACUUCGAUGGAUGAUUGACAACUACAGCGAAGUCCAGAAGGCCCAUGACGAUGACGAUCUGCUUUUCGGAACAAUCGAAUCAUGGGUUGUUUAUAACCUUACAGGCAACGUCCAGGGUGGCAUUCAUGUUGGCGAGGUAACGAAUGCAUCUCGCACCCUUUUGCUAAAUCUACACAACCUUACUUGGGAUGAGCGGUUGCUGAGCUUUUUCGGUUUCCGACCGUCGAUACUACCUAAACUCGUGUCUUCCUCAGAGGUGUAUGGUCAACUGUCUCAGGGUCCCCUGAAGGGUGUUCCAAUCGGAGGACUUAUCGGGGACCAACAAGGCGCUUUAGUGGGAAACAAGUGCCUCCGACAAGGAGAAGCCAAAUGCACGUAUGGUACGGGUGCGUUCCUCCUGUUCUGUACGGGAAACGACAUUGUUAAGAGUGGUCAUGGACUUCUGAGCACGGUGGCUUACCAGCCCGGUCCAGGGGCUGCUCCAGCCUAUGCAUUGGAAGGAAGUAUCGGAGUUGCUGGAAGCGCCAUCAAAUGGCUGAGGGAUUCCAUGGGUUUCAUCAAGUCCGCCAACGAGAUAAACACGUUGGCAGCAUCAGUACCUGAUACUGGAGGUGUGUACUUCGUCACCGCGUUUUCUGGUCUCCUCGCACCGUAUUGGGAUCCGGGUGCUGCAGGCCUCCUUAUUGGACUGUCCUCGUAUACCACUCCCGCACAUAUUGCUCGUGCGACUAUGGAAGCUGCUGCUUUCCAGACUCGUGCAGUUCUUGAGAGCAUGAAACUUGAUUCACGCACAAAGCUCGAGCAUCUUAAGGUUGAUGGAGGCAUGACCAAUGGCGAUGUUUGCAUGGAGAUCUUGGCGGACAUCGGUGGUUUCGACGUUGUCCGUCCUGAUAUGAGAGAAUCAACCGCCCUGGGUUCGGCGCUUCUUGCCGGCUCAGCCAUCCGGUUAUUCGGUUGGGACAUGUCUAAGCCAGCGACGCUGUCGGAAGUCAAUACCAAAGGCAGCCGAACCUUCACGCCCCAUAUGCCCGAGGAGGAUCGGGAAAAAGGGUGGACUGCAUGGCUGCGUGCCGUCGAGAGGUCAAAGGGCUGGGACGAGGGCGUUGACGAAUGAAAUGGAAGUAAUACGAUGAAAUCAAAUUCAAUACAUGUUGGGUACCACUGCUGGGUAACACACUACCGAAAUUUCUUAAGAGGAUCUGAUUUUU